AAGAGCCGCUGUCCGGGGCUUUGGGCCAUGUGGGGAAACUGAGGCGAGACUGGACAGACCGAAUACCCGCGUGGGAGUCCGGCGGGGCUGGCCGGCCGCCUGGAGAGGGCGGAAACAAGGGCGCCUCCGGAACGCCCCAGAAGUAUGACCCCACCUUCAAAGGACCCAUUUACAACAGGGGCUGUACGGACAUCAUUUGCUGCGUGUUCCUCCUCCUGGCCAUUGUGGGCUAUGUGGCGGUGGGCAUCAUAGCUUGGACCCAUGGGGACCCUCGCAAGGUGAUCUACCCCACGGAUAGCCGAGGCGAGUUCUGCGGGCAGAAGGGCACAAAGAAUGCGAACAAACCCUACCUGUUUUAUUUCAACAUUGUGAAGUGUGCCAGCCCCCUGGUGCUGCUGGAAUUCCAGUGUCCCACCCCCCAGAUCUGCGUGGAGAAGUGCCCCGACCGCUACCUCACCUAUCUGAAUGCCCGCAACUCCCGGGACUUUGAGUACUAUAAGCAGUUCUGUGUUCCUGGCUUCCAGAACAAUAAGGGUGUGGCCGAGGUCCUCCGGGAUGGCGACUGCCCGGCUGUCCUCACACCUAGCAAGCCCCUGGCCCGGCGAUGCUUCCCAGCCAUCCACGCCCACAAGGGAGUCCUCAUGGUUGGCAACGAGACGACCUACGAAGAUGGGCACGGCUCUCGGAAGAACAUUACGGAGCUGGUGGAGGGUGCCAAGAAAGCCAACGGGGUCUUGGAGGCACGCCAGCUAGCCAUGCGGAUAUUUGAGGAUUACACUGUCUCCUGGUAUUGGAUCGUCAUAGGCCUGGUCAUUGCCAUGGUGAUGAGCCUCCUGUUCAUCAUCCUGCUCCGCUUCCUGGCUGGCAUCAUGGUGUGGGUGAUGAUCGUCAUGGUAAUCCUGGUGCUAGGAUACGGAAUAUUUCACUGCUACAUGGAGUAUUCCCGACUGCGUGGUGAGGCCGGCUCUGACGUCUCUCUGGUGGACCUUGGCUUUCAGACGGAUUUCCGGGUAUACCUGCACUUACAGCAGACCUGGAUGGCCUUCAUGGUCAUUCUGAGCAUCCUCGAAGUGAUCAUCAUCUUGCUGCUUAUCUUUCUCCGAAAGAGAAUUCUCAUCGCGAUCGCUCUCAUCAAAGAAGCCAGCAGGGCUGUGGGAUAUGUCAUGUGCUCCAUGCUCUAUCCAUUGGUCACCUUCUUCCUGCUGUGCCUCUGCAUCGCCUACUGGGCCAGCACGGCCGUCUUCCUGUCCACUUCCAACGAAGCUGUCUAUAAGAUCUUUGAUGAUCCUGCCUGCCCGCUUGUUGGGAAAACCUGCAAUCCUGAGACCUUCCCCUCCUCCAAUGAAUCUCGCCUGUGCCCCAACGCCCGCUGCCAGUUCGCCUUCUACGGUGGCGAGUCAGGCUACCACCGGGCGCUGCUGGGCCUGCAGAUCUUCAAUGUCUUCAUGUUCUUCUGGCUGGCCAACUUCGUGCUGGCGCUGGGGCAGGUCACACUGGCCGGGGCCUUUGCCUCCUACUACUGGGCCCUGCGCAAGCCGGACGACCUGCCUGCUUUCCCGCUCUUCUCGGCCUUCAGCCGGGCGCUCAGGUACCACACGGGCUCCCUGGCCUUUGGCGCCCUCAUCCUGGCCAUCGUGCAGACCAUCCGAGUGAUGCUCGAGUACUUGGAUCAGCGCCUAAAAGCUGCAGAGAACAAAUUUGCCAAGUUCCUCAUGAUCUGUCUCAAAUGCUGCUUCUGGUGCUUGGAGAAGUUCAUUAAAUUCCUCAACAGAAAUGCCUACAUCAUGAUCGCCAUCUACGGCACCAACUUUUGCACGUCGGCCAGGAACGCUUUUUUCCUACUCAUGAGAAACAUCAUCAGAGUGGCUGUUCUGGACAAAGUUACCGACUUCCUCUUCCUGUUGGGCAAACUUCUGAUUGUGGGUAGUGUGGGGAUCCUGGCUUUUUUCUUCUUCACCCACCGCAUUAGGAUCGUGCAGGAUACAGCACCACCCCUCAAUUAUUACUGGGUCCCUAUAUUGGUAUGGACCUCUGG